AAUGUUGUCUGUUCCCGCCUUCCCGCCUAGUUGAAUUCUUGACUGAAAGAAACUAAGAGAAACUGCGAGAAAAUGGAAGAGAAAGUUGCAGAGAGGGAAAUUGAGAGAAACAUAGGGAUGUGAAAGUGCUCUACGAGCUUCUCUGGAGAUGGAUACACCAGAGAAGUACCAGAUCGCAACUCCUAUUUCCAAAUAUGAGGAUUCUCCUGUCUUUAAUUACAUCAACAGUCUCUCACCUAUUAAGCCAGUCAAGUCCAUACCCACUGAUCAGACAUUCAGCUCACUUAGUUUUGCAUCUCCAUCAUCUGUGUUUACUUCACCACAUAUCAAUCCCCAGAGAGAAUCAAGGUUCUUAAGAAGGCAACAAUUUACAGACCCAUCAAAACCUGAGUUCUCUCGCCGUGAUAAUGAUGAAAAUACAAGUGAAGGUGUUUUGGAUGCUGUUCAUCAAUUGGAUUAUCUUGAUCCAGGGAGUUCAGAUACGGGGAUUACUAUAGAUCCAUCCAACAAAGACCCAAAAUCAGAUGCUGGCUUGCCACAAUCCCUGAAAUAUGAUUGCACUAGUCCGGAGGAUAACAGAAUUCCCCACAAUGAUAUUGAGACAGAAACUAUGCCAGAAGUGGCAAUCAGGCCUGCUUCACAUGUUCAUUUUGUUCAAGGUGUCUCAAAAGAGAGACGACAGUCAUUUGAAAUUGAAACAGAAUUACGUGGAAUCUGUCAAAUUGGGGAAAGUAAGGAAGCAGCAGGAUGUGAUUGGGGGAAAUUGAUUUCUGAUGAUACUGAUCAGUUGAUAUUUGAUUCUUCCAUCAGCAAAGAGCAUUCUGAGGUACAGGAUCACAAAACAGUGGAUCCUGGGACAUACUCCUUUAUUGCAACUGUGCUACAACUCCCUCAUGAUGAAAUUGAUGAUUUACAGAAAUCACAAUCUAUGGGUUCUGUUGAUUCUUAUGAACAAUGUGAAACUGAAGAAACAGUUACUAAAUCAAGAGAUGUUGGAGAGAUAAAAGAAACAGAUCAAACACCAGCAGUACCUUCUAGCACUCUACUGGACAAACUAGUUGUUAGUGAUUCAAGGGCUGAAGUGGAUGACAAGAAGGGCAAAAAGUGCAUGCAGUCCAGCUGCAAGCUUGGUUCUCAGCAGCAGCUUAGUAUACGAAGGCGCUGUUUACUUUAUGAGAUGACAGGAGCUCAUAAAAAGAAAUUGAUAUACAAUUCUGAUAGUGGUUCUUCAGCCUCAUCACAAUCCGAUGGUAAAGUUUCCUCUGAUGAAAAGCAGUUCAUGCCAUUUAAGCCUGGAAAUAUUCAUCCAUCAUCCAUGUUAGCUGGAAUUGGUUUGCACUUGAAUGCUCUUGCAACCACUGCAGAGGAUGGUAAUAAAGUUGUUAAGCAUGAGCCUUUGGCUUCUGAAAGGAAACCAAUAAGUAUGUCAAGAUCCAUCCCCUCUUUGAAUUCUAUGUCAUUAGGUCAGACACCUCUAAACAAAUCCUUGACUCCAGACCUUUUGGAAAGGGAUUUAGUUCGAUUUGACAGUGAAGUUCAGGCCACUGAAGAUGCUUCUCAGACAUCAGAAUUUGGAGUUAGCGAAGAGUUUAACCAUGGUAGUCCAAAAAGGAAGAGGCGCAGGUCAGAACAAGCUGCGGAAAAUGAGGCCUGUAAGCGCUGCAACUGUAAGAAGUCAAAAUGCUUGAAGCUUUAUUGUGAAUGCUUUGCUGCUGGUCUCUACUGUGUUGAGCCUUGCUCAUGUCAAGAUUGCUUUAACAAGCCUGUUCAUGAAGACACUGUCCUGCAAACUCGUAAACAGAUUGAAUCUCGCAACCCACUUGCAUUUGCUCCUAAAGUGAUUAGAAGCUCUGAUUAUGUUCCAGAAUUUGGGGACGAAUCUAACAAGACUCCAGCUUCAGCCCGACAUAAGAGAGGAUGCAACUGUAAAAAAUCGAGUUGUUUAAAGAAAUACUGUGAAUGCUUUCAGGGUGGAGUAGGAUGCUCUAUCAGCUGCAGGUGUGAAGGAUGUAAAAAUACUUUUGGGCGAAAGGAUGGAACAGAAGAAGCUGAACUAGAUGAGGAAGAAACAGAAGAGACCUGUGACAAGAAUUCAUUGGACACAAGUUCACAGUAUGAUGUAGUCCUGAGGGGUGAAGAGGAGCAUUCAGAUCUUGUUCCUCCAGUAACGCCUUCUUCUGAGAUUAGCAGACCUCUGGUUCAACUGCCAUUUACACUUGGUGGUGGGAAGCCCCCACAAUCAUCUCUACUAUCGGUUGGAUCAUCUUCUCAAAUGUAUACCAGUCAAAAAUUUGGACCAUCGGGUUUCAUCUGCCGCCUGCCAAAGUUUGAGAAGCAUCUUGAGAUGAUACCAGAAGAUGAGACUCCAGAGAUCCUGCAAGGCACUCUUGCUGGUGGUGUGAAGUCUACCUCUCCAAACAGCAAGAGGGUUUCACCUCCUCAUCACAAGAUUGGGUCAACUCGUGCUUGGAGGAGUGGAAGGAAGUUGAUUCUAAGAUCUAUUCCAUCAUUCCCAUCUCUCAAUCCUUGCCAGGAGAGCAGUGACCGUUCCCCAGGAAAGACCCAGUGAAGCGCUUUCAAUUUUCCUCAUGAGGCUGAGGUUUGUUUUCCAGUAUGUAUAUGAUAGUACCUCCCCCACUGGUAUUAUCCAACUGUCAAUGUAAAAUAGAAAUCACUCCUGAAGCACUUCUAGUUUUCUUGGUUGUUUUGUGAAUCUAGUUGAUAAAAGGCAUUUUCCCUUCAGUAUCUAGUUUGUGCAGAGAUAUGUUAUGUUGUACCAGUAGGUUGAAUUGAAGGCUUUGGUGUAAUAAUACUGUAUUUUCUAGUUCACUACUGUAGUUGAGUAAGUUCUUAUUCUAUUAUAACCUUUCUUUGA